AACCCUGAAUUUGAUUCAUGAUUUAAUUCGUCUGUCUGAACCUCUAACCUGCAGGCUCGGGCCGCAGGAGCCGGCAUCGCCCAUGCACCCGCUCAAGCUCUCCUCCACCGCGCUCCUCCGCCUCAUCAAGUCACUCUCGCCGGCGGCGGGGCCGAGGGCCCACCUCACGGCCUCGGCGAUCCACUGCCUCCUCUUCAAGGAAGGGCUCCUCCACGCUGGGGCGCACCUCCCCACGGCGCUGCUCUCCUCGUAUGCUGCGCUCGGCAGGCCGUGGCAAGCACGGGAUCUGUUCGACGAAAUGCCCGAGCGGAGCCUCGUCGCCCGCACCGCCAUGGCGCGGGCGCACGCGGCGGCCGGGCAGGCGGCCCUGGCGCUUGCCGUGUUUCGGGACAUGCUCACGGACAGCCUGCUCCCCGACAACGUGGCACUGGCGGUCGCACUCGCAGCGUGCCACGGGGUGGGCUCGUCCUCCGUGGCAGCCCGGAAGCCUGGGAAGAUGGUUCAUGCUCUCAUCGUGACAAGCGGCAUUGUGCCGGAUGUGUUCGUCUCCACAGAAUUGAUCAGGGUCUACGGGGAGUGCGGCGAGCUGUCUGUUUCGCAGAGGGUGUUCGAUGACAUGCCCGUGAGGAGUACUGUUUCGUGGAACGCCAUGGUGCAUCAGUAUGUCAGGCAUAGUAAUGUUGGCGCUGCAUACGAGCUGUUUCUUGCAAUGCCAAGGAGGGAUGUGGUGUCAUGGAAUACAAUGAUUGCCGGGUAUUGCCUCAUUGGCCAAUGUAGGGAGGCACUAGAAUUGUUUCGUCAGAUGAUAUUGCCAUCUUCACGUCCGGUGCAUCCAAAUGGACCUACAAUGAGCACUGUCCUUGCUGCUUGCGCCGGUGCAGGCUGUUUGGAGACUGGGAUUUGGGUCCAUGCCUACAUUGACAGGAACCGAAUGAAUUAUGACGGCUCAUUGGACCGGUCCUUGAUAGACAUGUACGCCAAAUGUGGAAGCAUUGAAAAGGCUCUUCAGGUGUUUGAGAAAGCACCAGGGAAGAGGGACUUGUACUCAUGGACAACAGUGAUUUGUGGGUUGGCAAUGCAUGGUAGGGCUGCUGAUGCUUUACGCAUGUUUGAAAUGAUGCAAGAUAAUGGUAUUCACCCUGACGACGUUACUCUUGUUGGGGUACUAAAUGCAUGUGCGCAUGGCGGACUCGUAGACAAAGGUCUUCGCCACUUCUACUCCAUGGAGGAGAGUUAUGCAAUCGUGCCCAAAAUUGAACACUACGGGUGUAUCAUUGAUCUUCUUGGUCGGGUUGGGAGAUUGCAAGAAGCAUACAGCAUGAUCAGGACCAUGCCGAUGAAACCUAAUGCGGUAAUCUGUGGUGCAUUCUUGAAUGCAUGCAAAGUUCACAGCAACGUGGAACUUGGUGAGAUCGCAGCAGCUGAAGUCAGCAGGUUGGAUCCAAAUGACCCCUGGGCAAGGGUGAUGCUGUCCAGCAUGUAUGCAAAAGCACAGGACUGGAACAGUCUAGCCAGGGAGAGGAAGGAGAUGAAUAGCCUGCAGAUGAAGAAAACACCAGGGUGCAGCUCAAUUGAGCUUGACGGGGAGGUGCAUGAGUUUGUCGCUGGUGGUUUUCAGCAUUCCCUGCUUGGUGAAAUUUGCACUAUACUAGAGAAUAUUGAAGCACAAACACAUGCAGCCUAAAGAGACGUGGAUGCCUCAUCUUCUGAGGUUUCUGGUUCUGCCAAUGAUGCUAGCAUUUCGUUGCAAGUUUCUUGGCCUCCACAAGUAGUUAACUGACCUCAGCGUUUUCCAUUAGCCUGUGAAUGUUACGAGGGAAUAAUUUUGAGCUUGGUCGUAUUGCGAAGAAUUGAAGGAGGUUAAAAUCUUAGGGGCCAGAGUAAAUGAUUAGGUGCUGACAAAAAUCUGUUUUGAUUGUUCAUACUGUAAGUUGAACUAGCUAUUGAAACUAGUGGAAGCAUAGCACCGGCUAGUGGACCGAAGGAUGCUACUGGACAUUUAGCACAUCCUUUUCAACUGUGUUUAUGUACCAAAGUUAGGAUUUCAAUUUUGUAUCACAUUUUGGGUUCAAACCAAAAAUACUUUAUAGAUCUGACAUUUAUUUAUCCUGAUUGAAUGGCGGUGUAUUUUUCCUUAAUAAAAUUUGAUAGAUUUUGACACA